UGGAGGCCAUCCCUGCCCUGACAGGCAGCUGCCUUACCCAACAGGGCUGCAGUGAGUCCCCACGGGGGGAGGAGAGGAGGAGGCUGAACCAGUUGUCUGGGGGUGCUGGUGGAUGUGUGUGUUGGUGGUAGGAGCUCUUCGCCUUUCUUCUACGUAGUAGGUGCAGGCUUCUGAAGCCAGCAGGCCAUUGGAUUUUGAAUCUGCCCAGAACACUUGAGUUUUCUUCUGUAAGUGUAAAUAAAACUGGUUUUCUCUGCACACCUAAAAAGUAAUGGAGACUGAACAACAGGAGGAAACCUUUACCAACACUGAGACAAAUGACUUGUCUAUAGGCAAACGUCCUGCAGAAGAUAUGGAAGAAGAACAGGCCUUCAAAAGAUCUCGGAAUACAGAUGAGAUGGUUGAAUUGCGCAUCUUGCUUCAAAGCAAAAAUGCUGGAGCAGUGAUUGGAAAAGGUGGCAAAAACAUUAAAGCACUUCGUACGGAUUACAAUGCAAGUGUUUCAGUCCCAGACAGCAGUGGCCCCGAGCGAAUCUUGAGUAUAAGUGCAGAUACAGAGACAAUUGGAGAAAUCUUGAAGAAGAUUAUCCCUACUUUAGAAGAGUAUCAACACUACAAAGGUAGUGACUUUGACUGUGAAUUAAGACUUCUAAUUCACCAAAGUCUAGCAGGAGGAAUUAUUGGUGUCAAGGGUGCUAAAAUCAAAGAACUGAGAGAGAACACUCAGACCACCAUUAAGCUCUUCCAAGAGUGUUGUCCUCAUUCCACUGACAGAGUGGUGCUUAUUGGUGGAAAACCUGAUAGAGUUGUGGAAUGUAUCAAGAUCAUCUUGGAUCUUAUCUCUGAGUCUCCAAUUAAAGGACGGGCACAGCCUUAUGAUCCCAAUUUCUAUGAUGAAACGUAUGACUACGGUGGCUUCACAAUGAUGUUCGAUGAUAGAAGGGGACGUCCAGUAGGCUUUCCAAUGCGUGGAAGAGGAGGCUUUGAUCGAAUGCCUCCUGGUCGUGGUGGACGACCUAUACCUCCAUCAAGAAGAGAUUAUGAUGAUAUGAGCCCUCGCAGAGGACCCCCACCACCUCCACCAGGUCGUGGCAGAGGUGGCAGCAGAGCUCGUAAUCUUCCUCUUCCUCCUCCACCACCUCCUCGUGGCGGAGAUCUUAUGUCUUACGACCGAAGGGGUAGACCUGGAGACCGUUAUGAUGGAAUGAUGAUGCAGUGUCAUGUGGAUGCCUGUGAUGACAUGCAGCCACCAGAGUUGUUUGAGGGAGGCUCUGGAUAUGACUAUUCUUACACAGGGGGUCGUGGUUCAUAUGGAGAUAUUGGUGGGCCCAUCAUCACAACACAAGUAACGAUUCCCAAAGAUUUGGCGGGAUCUAUUAUUGGAAAGGGAGGCCAGAGAAUAAAACAAAUACGUCAUGAGUCAGGAGCUUCAAUCAAAAUUGAUGAACCACUAGAAGGCUCAGAAGAUCGAAUAAUAACUAUUACAGGAACACAGGACCAGAUACAAAAUGCUCAGUAUUUACUGCAGAACAGUGUGAAGCAGUAUGCAGAUGUUGAAGGAUUCUAAUGCAAGAUUAUUUUUUCUUUUUUAUAGUGUGAAGCAGUAUUCUGGAAAGUUUUUCUAAGACUAGUGAAGAACUGAAGGAGUCCUGCACCCUUUUUUCUUUUUUUUUAAUAUCUGCUUCUGUUUAAAAAGCCAACAUUCCUCUGCUUCAUAGGUGUUCUGCAUUUAAGGUGUAGUGGAAUCUGCUGUUCACCAGAUGUAAUGUAGUUCAUUACAAAUAUUUAGGGGGGAGAGGCCACACAAGACGAACACUGAUGAAAUUUUUAAACAGCAGCAGAGUGGAUUUUGUUUGGUGGUGGUAAAUUGUAAUGGUUUUUCUGUAACUAUUGUGAACACCCUGCUUUUUACGUACACUGUAAACUUUUUUUUUUUUUCAAAGGGGGAAGAACACUGGUCAUCCACAUCCUUUGAGAGCAGUGUGCAGAAUGUAAUGCUCUUUUUUAAGAUAUAAUUUUUGUUUUUUAAAUAAAUAUAGUGAAACUGUUAUUGGUAGUCAUUUUUUAUAUACAUAAGGUAAUAUCUAAAAUAGAUACACUCUUUCCUCCCCCCUCCCCCCCCAAGAAAAUACAUAAAUGAAAAUUGCUGUUAAGCUUGUUCUUUUGCUUCUUUGAUAUAGAUCAAGUUACAUGUUUUCUGGCAAAAUAAAAAAUGAUGUGAAAGCAGUGGCUCAGCUUUGCUAUUUAUAUAAAAUAGUACAAAAAUAUUAAUGCAAUCAUUGUGUGGAAUUUGACCUUUUUUGCAAGUUUUUUUCCCUCUUUGCAGUAAAAUAUAUGUAUAUUUAUUGGUGACAGUAUAGAAAUUAAAUAUUUUAUACAUUUGUUAUGCCACUGAGUUAACAAUGGGUUAAAUACAUCUGGUUCUACACAGCUUGCUUAAUGUAAAUAACUAUUAAAAUAGCAGUUGGUGUAUCAUUAAUUAAUUGUAGUUUUCAGAGCUUUCAUUUGUGUCAGGUAGAAACUUUUAUGAAUUGACAAAUUGGUAGUAUCUGACUAGGUUUUGUAUACAAUGAAAAUCGAUUUGAUUUCCCUGUUUUGUUGAAUUCCAUAGGAAAUAUUUGUGAGAAAUUAAAAAAGAUAAAGUACCUAUGGAUAUUUCAUGUAAUACCUUGGCAUUUGUAUUGAUAGUUUACAAGUUUUAAUUUCCCUUCCUAAAUAAAAACAAUUUUUUAAAUGGAAAAAGAACUUUGAAAAUAUGAAUGUGAUUAAUCCAGAUUAAGUAGAUUAUUUCAUUUUGAGGGGUGAAAGAGGUGUGAUUACCAGAGUUAUAAUCAAUCCUUAGAAAACACCCAAAGCCAGCAUUUUGUCUGAGGAAACGAGUGAAUAAACAUAUGUUAUAGUGGCCAACUCAUAGAGACGAAUUAAGUUCAUGAUGCAGCAGAUACUUUAUUGCCAAAGCUUCCCCCCAUUACCCUUAUCCCCUGAUCAUGCACAGUUUAUUUUAAGUUAAUUGGGUAACAGUCUCAAAGCACAUGCCUAUGCUAACAUAAUGAUUGGUCACUCUGUAUUGUUCACGUGCCACUCUUGCUGCUGCUUUGUUAUGCUCGCAUCCUGUUUUUAUGCUUCAGUUCUUCUGUUUUAUCACUUCUUUCUCAGAGCUGUUGAUCUGUGUGCUUCAAGGGAAGAGCUAUGUCUCAAGGUUAAAACUGCCUGCAGCCCAAUACUCUCCCACAAACAUACACUUAGAAUUGGCACUUCCUUGGUAAAGGCUUAAUAUAAGUUAUAUGGAGAAAUUGGCAGCCUAGGAAAAGUUGGCAGACAAAAUGCAAAUGAAGUAGGAGGAAAACAUGGGUGCAGGUUUGCUUUUUCUAUGCACUUCUACAUUGUGUAUGUGCAGAUGGUUUGUGGAGUUGUGGUUUUUUUAAAAAAUAUUUUAGGGAGAUUGAAGACUGCACAAGUGUCAAUAUACUUGAGAAAAAUGUGGUUUGGGUUUUUUUCCUUUUAUUGAUCUGCAUAUUUUAAGAAGCUAACCUUUAUCUUACACAGAAGUUGAUCACUGUUCUAGUUUUAGUAGGGUUUUCUUUAAGGUUUCCUUAAAACUAUCCAUGUAUGAUUUGAAAUGAGCCUAAGGGAUUGUGGCUGUAAAAGAGGAGUUAAAACCUAUGGCUUUGAGUCUUGUGUCUUUGCCUCUGUCCCCACCCCUCUUUCCCCUAAUCACCUAGUGAGGAAAAGCUGCCUGUCUUCUGAGGAGGAGGGGCUUUCUGCUAAGGGAGGGAUGUAAGAGAAUACUGAUAGCACAAUUGUCCUUACACUUGUACUUCAAAAGUAGUUUAGAAAUACAGAUUGUAUGAACUGAAACCAGUUAUUCUUUAUGUAGAUCUUUUUUCAAAAGAUGACUGCUAUGUAGAGAAACUGAUGGAUUUGAAAUGUAGCCCUUAAGGCAUGGGAUCUGUAGCACGAUUCAGUUGCAUGUUUCUGUACAUUGUGUAAAAUUAAAUUCAUGUCUAAAAAUCA